GUUUUUACGAGUGAGCUCAGCCCAGGCGAGUGAUAAGCAACGAGGUAGCUGUCAGAUGGCAGACUUGAACUAUGCACACGCAUCAUCUCAAUAGCCAAAGAUGUGGCACCUCGUCGUGCGAUCCCGGCUCCGUUUGGCAGAGACAAAAGGCCGGUCAGACAGGAGACAGGCAGGGUGCUGACGGAAAUUCGUGCAAUCCUACACGGCACCAACACCACCUAAGCAACAGCUGCUGCUGCCCCCGGCUCGAUCGGAUCUCGUCGAGUCUUGGUUCCACACAAAGCGCCUGUCCGUCGUGCCGCCCAAGAAAGGCGAACCCCACCAUCGAGCACAUAAAGCGUGACACCUUUGCCUUAGGGAGCUGUUGCCUGCCCCUUGCCGAGCCUAGAUGCCCAACACUGUCGCUCUCACUCUUGCGCCUUCAUUCUCGCGCACACUCUCUCGUUGAGCGUUCCCCAGGCCGGACAGAGUCGCUCUCUUCCACUCCUUUGCUUCUUCUCCCACACGCCCGUCGCUCCGUUCAGAUCUGCCCAAGAUGGGUAUCAACAAUCCGCUGCCGUCGUCAAUGGCGUCGGAAUGCAAGAAAUGCGGCAAGAUCCUCGCAUCCUUUAUCGACCCUCGCCAGGCGCUUAGCCCCGACAAAGUCAUCCCGCCGUCCAUUCUAGCCGAAGCUAAGGGACUCGCCAUCUUUACCGUCAUCAAGGCCGGCUUCAUCGGCUCCGCCAGGUUCGGCAGCGGCCUGGUGAUUGCGCGCCUUCCCGAUGGGGGCUGGAGCGCACCGAGCGCCAUCGCCACGGGCGGCGCAGGCGUCGGCGGCCAGAUCGGCUUCGAGCUGACCGACUUUGUCUUCAUCCUCAACGACGCCGCCGCCAUCAAGACCUUUUCCCAGGCCGGAUCCCUCACCCUUGGCGGAAACGUCUCGCUCGCCGCCGGGCCCGUCGGCCGCAACGCCGAGGCCGCUGGCGCCGCCAGCCUGAGGUCGGUCGCCGCCAUCUUUAGUUACAGCAAGACCAAGGGCCUCUUUGCCGGCGUCUCCCUCGAGGGGUCCGCCAUCAUCGAGCGCAAGGAUGCGAACGCGAAGCUCUACGGCCGGCCCAUCAGCGCCCGCGAGCUGCUGAGCGGGACCGAGCCCGUACCCUACGAAGCCGGCCCGCUCCUCAACAUCCUCAACUCCCGCUCCUUCACGAGCGUGGGCCGCACCGGCACCCAAGGCGACAGCCACAUGUACAACGAGUCCCCGCGCUACGACGCGAGCCACGGCGACGUCGUCUGGAAGGGCCGCAAGGGCAGCGCAUACGGCGAGGGCGGCCAGCAGGCGCCGUCGUCAGGCGCCGCCGCCGGCGCUGCUGCCGCCGGCGCAUCCAAGGGUGAGGCUGCCGAGUUUGGAGGGCCGAAGCGGUCCAGCACAUGGCAGGACAACAACGCGUACGGCGCGGCGGCGGCGGCGGCGGGGGUCUCGAGGUCCAACACCUACAGCGCAGGAGCGGCCGCGGCGACGGGCAAGCCCGGUAGGCCGGCGGCGCCGAAGCCCAACUUUGCCAGCAAGCAGGCGCUGCUCAAGAAGAACGAGGCCGUCGCGCUCUUCACGUUUGACGCGGACCAGCCCGGCGACCUCGGGUUCAAAAAGGGCGACGUCAUCACGGUGCUGAAGAAGACGGACAGCGACAAUGACUGGUGGACUGGCAUGAUUGGGAGCCGGCACGGCAUCUUCCCCAGCAAUUACGUGAAGCUGCAAUCAUAAAUGGCUGGAGAUUAUGAGCCGCGUGGAGUGUAUCUCAACGGCGUCGUCCGUCCGUCCGUUAGGCAUGGUUGGUUCUCUUUACCUCGACCAAGACGAUGAUGAUUCCCCUUGUGUUUUAUUUUAGGCUUUUUUUCACAUCUGGGUUUGUCAUGAAUGGGUAUGCUUGGAGUUACUGGACCAAUGACAUACUAUGCUCUUUUUUCUGCUGUGAUACCUCGAAUCGGACUGAAGUUAAGUGAAACAAAAAUUUCAAGAAACGUCGUACCGCGGGCCUGGCGUCGUCUAUCACCUGCAGUUCCUUGUUGACUCUGUAUACUUAUGAAAUAUCCAGUAUUUUGAUCCAAUAGUUCUUGCCCGGA